AUGAGACAGUUUACUAUUCGCGUGCCUGCAUCCAGUGCCAACAUUGGGCCUGGAUUUGACGUGCUCGGUAUCGCUUUGAGCCUGUACCUCACUAUUGAGGUGACCAUUGACCACAAGAAUGCUAACAACGUGCCGCUGAACUGUGAGGUCACGAACUCCGGCUUGGGUGCUGAGCAGCUGCCUACUGCUGCCGACGCGAACCUCAUUACUCGAACUGCCUUGUACAUUUUGCGCUGCCACGGUAUGCGUACGUUCCCUGUUGGUACCAAGGUUCAUAUCAACAAUGAUAUUCCUCUCGGCCGUGGCCUUGGCUCGAGCGGUGCUGCGGUUAUCGCCGGUGUUAUGCUCGGAAAUGCCGUGGGCCAGCUUGAUCUUUCCAAAGAACGUCUCAUGGACUUUGCACUGAUGAUUGAGCGUCAUCCGGACAAUAUUUCGGCCGCCAUGUUUGGAGGGUUUGUCGGCUCCUUCCUGCGCGAGCUUUCGGGCACUGAGCUCGAGCGGGUCGAGAUCCCGGUUGCUGAGGUUCUCCCUGAGCCAAGCGGCGGCGUCGAUACUGGACUUACUCCUCCCGAGCCGCCUGUUGGGAUUUCUCGUCAAAUGAGCUACGAUCUGGCUCCUGAGCUCAAGGCCAUUGCCGUCAUCCCGGCAUUCGAGGUGUCUACGGCCAAAAGCCGUGACGUCUUGCCUACUGCAUAUACUCGCCAGGAUGCCAUCUUCAAUUUGCAGAGACUGUCUGUUCUUAUUCCCGCUUUGGGCCGCUCUCCUGUUGAUGCAGAGCUCGUGCAUCUGGCCAUGCAGGACCGCCUCCACCAAAAGUACCGUCGCAUCUUGGUUCCCGGUUUAGCCACAAUCCUGACGUUCAUGACUCCUCGUACCCACAAGGGCUUUGUCGGCGUCUGCCUGUCUGGUGCAGGCCCCACAGUGCUGGCCUUGGCCACCGAGAACUUUGACGCUAUUGCAGAGGAAAUUGUAAGCGCUUUCAAUGCCGAGGGCGUCGAAUGCACAUGGAAACUCUUGGACUGCUGCGACGGUGCUACUGUGGAGGAAAAAUAA